AGUCACAAGUCACAAGCCACCAUUACCGACCGCCUACCACCAACCAUUGGUGGUUCCAGCUAAUUUCUCCUUUUAAAAAUAAAAAAACCAAACGUUUUCCCCUCAAAAAUAAAUAAAUACUCAGUAAAUAAAUAAGCAAACAAAGUUCCUCAUCAACCAUUUCCUUCAAACUCCCACAACACAAACAUGUCGUCUUGUAUGAACUUAUUAGAGUUACCGGAGGGAUGCCUCUCGCACAUACUUUCGUUGACGUCGCCGAGGGACGUCGUCCGAUCAUCGGCUGUUUCGAAGCAGUUUCUAUCGGCCUCGGACUCGGAUUCUGUCUGGAAGAAGUUCUUUCCUUCCGAUUGCGAUUACUUUAUUUCUCAAUCGUCAACACCAAUUGACCAACAACUAUUUGCUUCCAAGAAGGAACUCUUCUUAUAUCUCUGCCGCUCUCCUUUACUCUUUAACAACAACACUCAGAGUUUUGCUUUGGAUAAAUGGAGUGGGAAGAAAUGCUUCAUGCUUGGUGCCAGAAUGCUGACAAUUACGUGGGGAGACACCCCUGAAUACUGGAGUUGGGAAUCCAUCCCUGAAUCAAGGUUCCCAGAGGUUGCUCAACUUAACUCAGUAUGUUGGCUAAACAUCAAAGGAAUACUACCCACCAAAUUCCUCUCACAUAAUACAACUUAUGGUGUGUAUUUUGUGUUCCGAAAGAUCGAUGAUUUCUAUGGUUUUGACAUACCAGUUAUGACAUCCGUGUUUGAGGUAGAUGGAGAAGGGCUAUCCAAUGGUAUUGACAUUGUUAAUCACUAUUAUCUUGAGGAGCCAGAGGAUGAUGAAUCUCCUACAAGUCGCGAUGAGCUACCAGUUGAAAGAGGUGAUGGAUGGUUAGAGGUCGAGAUGGGCAAGUAUCGGGUUGGUUUUGGUGGUGAGGGUGUCGUCGAUGAGAAGGCGGUAUUGGAGAUGUCAUUGAAGGAAGUUGAAGAACUAAAUUGGAAGGGUGGUAUUGUUGUUCAAGGGAUCGAACUUCGUCCUUUGGGUUGUGCUCCCCAACCUAUACCAGAGCAAGCUUACUUUUGUGAUGCAACACAGGGUGUAGAUCAUCCUGGUGAGCCCGGUCCCCUAGACCCAGAGAUUAUCUAUGCUAGGUUACGGCAGCUAGAGCUCAACCAAGAGGCUCUCACCUCUCGUUUUGAUCGCUUCGAGAGCUUAUUUGAUCGCUUCGAGAGCCUAUUUGAUCGCUUCGAGAGCCGAUUUGAUCGCUUUGAGAGUGAUCAACAAAGAGCCAUGUUCCCCAUCUACGAUUAUUACGCUAGUCAGGGUGUUGUUGGUGAGUUUAGUGAGCACCCAUCUUGGUUUCAGUACCCGCCGGGUGGUUAUGCAGUUCCCGGCACCCAUGGCACUUAUAUGCCCAUUACCCAUGUAGGUGGCCAAGGGAGUUAUGGUGCCGGAGGUAGAGGAGCAGGGCCGAGUGGUGGUCGGUAUGGUGAUGAUGAUGAUGGUGAUGAUAAUGAUAUUGGUGACGUUUCCAUACCCCUUUGAGCCAAUAGAGGACAUUGUCCAAUUUGGCUUGGGGGGGGGUGUUCACUCCUUGUAUAUAUAGUUAUGAUUUCUCUUCUCCUCUACCUUCAUUCUAUUUAUUGUUUUCUAGAUUAGAUUUAAUGCUUUGAAAAAAAGAAAGUUUCCAUGGAUACAAGAUCAUGCUUCCUUUGUCUCGGGAUUGGAAAUUGUUUUGAUUAUUGGUUAUUGAUGAUGAAUAAUGUGGACAUGUCACCUGUGAUUUGAUAUUCGAUGGUUUUGAUACCUUAGCAUGAA